AUGGACUCAACAACAAGCAUGUGGUUGGUAGAACCAGCACCACUGAAUCCGGACUUUGCUCCUUCUGUCUUUGUGGAAGAUUUGGAAGAUGAGAACGAUUGGACCUUUGAGGAGUCUCAAGAAGUAGAAGAAGAAUCAUCGGAAUUCAAGGGCGUUGGCAGUUUGGUCGAUCAAAACAACAUAAUGUCGUUUAGUGGCAUUCCUCCAAUUCCUCCGCCAUCGUCAUUGCAUCCAGCAGUAUCUAUGGGAAUGCACAAGGUUUCUUCAUGUUACUUUUCUAUUGGUUCUCAUGAAUCCAUGGCCGAUUUGUUGUCCAGCAAACAGCAGCAACAACAGCAGCAAGACGACGCCUACACGUCUUGUCAAUUCUUUGAUCUGUCUUCGGACGAUCAUGGAGACAGUCGAACCAUUCCAUUCGAUUCAACGAGUCAAGGUGGUGAUGAUUUACUCUAUCAUGAUAUACUGAUGAAUGUCUUCACCUAUCUAGAUGCUCAAUCUCUUGCCUCCUUUUCGGAAACGGCACGGCGGCCUAAUUUUGAAGUCUUUUACUUUUUGCAACUACAAUUGCAACGAUCCUUGUUGGUGGAUCAUGUCGUCGUGUCAUCCAAUCAUCAUCACCAUCACCAUCAUGAUCCAUUGACAGCUAUUGCCGGAUCCGCUAUAUUGUCCAGGUUGGCAAAACUGGACCCGUCCCAAGCCCAAGCCAUUGUGGAGGAUUACCUCCAGUCGAAUUCCACUCUAAGACGAAUGCCACUGUCCCACAGCAUUGCCUAUAUGCGACAUUUUUUGCAACGGCAAGGCUUUCAUCAUCAAUUUCCAGAGGGAUCCCCCUCGCAAGCCUUGGCGUCGGCUGCUUUACUAGCGACGGUCGUAGGAGCUGCCUACUUGGGCGGAGAAAUGCCACAGGCUUUGUCGAGUGGAGAAGUCCCCAAUUUGCUAUUUCGAUUUGGGUUUGUGGGCAGUCUCAUGGGUGCGGCACACAAAAUGUCGGAUGGGGAGGGUGUUGGUGGCAAGAGAGAGGAAAAGAAGGAAGACAACAAUGACCGACAAGAAAGCACCACAACGCCCCAACAAGAACCAGCAACAGCUCAAUUUCGUUUUCCAUCUCUAUUUGAAAUGAAGGAAACGUUGACAGCAACUCUAAGGGAUGGCAAACAUUAUGCCAACAACCACAAUCACAACAACAACAACAACAACAACAACCGCCCAUCAGCAAGGAGUACUACAACUACUGACGACACGAAACGUCCCAUGCUCUCCAAUCCCUAUGACCACUACCAUGAAGGAGGAGAAGAAGAAAAAGGUGAAGAAAAAGUGGACUUGGUGGAUGAGAAUAGUACUGAUGAAACCGCCAUCGCCGAUCCAAAAGAACCACGCAAAAUGCCCAGUGGUUGCAUGGGUGCUUAUUCACGAGCCAUUCAAUCCGCCACUGGAUCCAUUGUCGACAUUGUCAAGCAGGGACGAAAGAAUCGAUUUGCGACCAUGAACACCAGCGAACAAGCCCGCAAUGUGGCUACUCUAUUGGAUGCCUGCUCGUUGAAUGAGGGAUUGUCUACGGUCCAGGAAUUGAGUCACUGCAUGGAUUUGGAUGCCUUUUAUGUGGGAUCGGAUGGUUCGGAAACUUGUGCCUUGCACACGGCAGCCUUUCAUGGGGCAUCCAAAGUGGUGGACUUUUUGCUGCAGGGAAUUGACGAUGCGGAUGCCAGUCGGGAUGGUGGACUGUGUUUGGUGGAUUGUCGGGACAGCAACGGCUGGACGGCUCUGCACUUUGCGGCGGGGUCCAAUUCGGUCGAGUCGGUGCAAGUCCUGGCGAGACAUGGCGCCAAAUUGUCAUUGGAAGCCAACAAUGGGUACUCACCAGUUCAAUGGGCUAGGAGGUUGUCCAAUGAUGAAGUAGAAGAAGCCCUGACGGAACUCAUGCAAAACGAAUCGAAUCAAGGGUGGAGAUCCCAGCCACUGACCAGCUUGGCGAAUCGUUUCUUUUCGUUGAUUCCAUCGCGGUGA